CCCCGCUUUCUUCCUCGUUCCCGAUGUCGCUUUUCUCGACAUUCCCACUAUAACCCCCACUCUCACUCGGCUGAGCAUCUUUGUCUUCCUCCCACCACCGCCGUAAAUGAAACUACAUCGGGAAUAGGGAUCUUCAUCACCGGAGGACAGACAAAUCCAAGUUAUGCCUAACCCAUUGAGAAAAUCUACUUCUAGUUCUAAAAACUCCUCCUCCGCUUCAGAGAAGGGUUCAAGUUGUUUAGACAACAAAAAUGAAGAAGAUGACGAGAAGAAGAGGAAGAAGAAGAAGAAAUUGAGUGCAGCUAAGUACAGAGCAAUUUUACUCAAGACCCAAGGAAAGGGGGAGGAGGAUGAGAAAUCAGAUGAGAAGAAGAAGAAGAAGCUGAUAAUACGUUUUAAAGUGGGGAAUAAUGUAUUGACUCAAUUUGGGGUUAAGGAGGAGAAAGUAGUAGCUGGUGAUUCUAAUGAAGUUGAGCAGGGAGGCCUAAAUUGCACUAUUGGAAGAAGCAAAAGCCCUAAUCUUGGUAAUGUUUGUGUCAUCUGCAAGCUUGGUGGAAGUGGAAUCGGAAUGCUCUUAGAAUGCAGCAGCAAGGGUUGCAAAAAGAACUAUCAUCUCAAAUGUGUUGAUUCACCCCUGAAGGAUGUGCCACCUGGUGAUUGGCAUUGUGCCUGUUGUGAGCAUUCUUUGCCUGGAGCAGUAGAAUCCAAUUUGGAUGCCUUAGAAACGGAAUUGGCAGAUUCUGAAGGGGUGGAUGCAACUAAAAAUAAUUUAUGCAAUAAGAAUGAUUCUAAUGAUGGCGUUGAGAAGCUGAAGGAGAAGCCUACACGUGUUGUUACGUCUUCCAAGUUUGUAGAAUAUUGGGUUCCUGUCAAACUUUCCAAUGUUCAGCUUGAGCAGUAUUGCAACAUCUUACUUUCUAAUUCAGCAUUGCUUUAUUCAUGCUCAAAAAAAGAUACCGUGGAGGCUCUUCGUGAUGUUCUUAUUUCUACCAGGAAGUGUUGCGACCAUCCGUAUUUUGUGAAUCCUUCUUUGCAGAAAAUUCUCACGAAAGGUCUGUCAGAAGCCGAGUACUUGAAGUUUGGAAUAAAAGCAAGUGGCAAACUACAAGUACUUGAUAAGAUUCUUUCAGUGACAAAAAAACAAGGCUUAAGAGUAGUAAUUAUUUUUCAGUCAAAUGUUGGCUCUAGUGGAUUCACUUUGGGGGACGUCUUAGAUGAUGUUGUGCAUCGAAGAUGUGGUGUAGAUUCCUACGUACGUGUUGAUCGUGGAUUGAUCGUGUCAGAUGAGCAAUUUACCAAGACGAAGCAAACUGCCAUGAACAGGUUCAAUAAUAAGGAUACAGGGAGAAUUGUGUUUUUACUAGAUCGCCGUGCUUGCCACCCAAGCGUUAAGCUAUCAUCAGUAGAUAUUGUAAUUCUAUAUGACAGCGAUUUGAACCCGUACAAUGAUCUAAAAGUUCUGCAGAAGAUCUCAAUUCACUCACAGCAUGAACAGUUGAAACUGUUCCGUUUAUAUUCAAUAUGCACCUUGGAAGAAAUGGUUCUAGUUAAUGCUAAGCAAAAUGUGACUGUUGAUGCACAGAAUUUAAGCCGUUCCACAAUUCAUCAAAUGCUUAGAUGGGGUGCUUCGUAUAUAUUCAGACAAUUGGUUGAGUUCCAUCGUUCCUCUUCAUCCUCUGGUUCAAUCUUUUCUUUUAAGCGUUUGGUGAAAGAAUUAUUUGGUCCGCUGCCUCAGGAAGGUGGAAGCCCUGGUACAAACAGUUCCUCGAUUGUGGUGAAAGUUAGUCAAACUCGAGGGACAUAUUCUAGUGAUGCUUCUCUACCUGGUGAGCUGGAGAUGCAGUCAGUUGACGAAGAGCUCCCUCAUGUCUUUUGGGAAAAACUACUGAAUAGGACGACACCGAAGUGGAGAUACUUACCUGAUGCAUCCUUAUCCCAGAGGACCCGAAAACGAGUUCAAUAUUUUGAAGGCUCAUUAGAAGAGACAGACUUUGACUAUGCUAAUGUUCCGAAGAAGAGAAGGACGACGGUUCUCCCUGGUACUAUUGAUGCUGGAGCUCAAAAACCAGUGGUAGAAGAUAAAAGGAUAGUUGAUAUUGAUGCUUCUGCAGCUGAUUAUAUCGAGUGCUCUGAAAUAAAUGAAAUUUAUUUCUCUGCAGGAGCAUCUGGAACUUCAGGUGGUGUUUGCUCUCAAUUUCUUCCAAGCCCUAAAGUUCCAACUGGUGCUGCUCGUUUUCGUAAAGCUACAACCUCUAGCGUACCUGCAACCUUUAUAUGUGAGUCUGAUGAAAUACCUGUUCAGCAAGAGUUGGAAGGAGAAAUCAAAGAAAGCCAGCAAAGCUGUCAAACGGUUCUUCCACUUCCCUCUGAGCCUCCUAAAGCAAGCAGCGAAAUCCCAGAGUGGGCUAAAGUCUUGGAACCUGUAAGAAAGCUACCCACAAAUGUCGGAGCCAGGAUUAGGGAGUGUGUCCACAAGGCGUUGGAUAAAGGUCCCCCGGAAUGGGCGAAGAAAAUAUUGCAGCACUGUAUCAGUAGGGAAGUGUAUAAGGGCAAUGCAUCAGGGCCUACAAAGAAAGCUGUUGUAUCCGUGCUUACACGUGUGGCUUACAAAGUUUCACACAGGAAACCUGUGGUAGUCAUCAAAAAGAAAAAGCUACAGAAUGGCUCCCAAUCUGGGAAUAUCACUUCCCAACAAGCUGAACAUCCAAGGCAACUACCAGCCACUGAUAAGCAUGCUGAGUUAGAUUCUCAUGAUGUUGUUGAGCCACUGGAAGCGAUUCUUCAACUACCCAUUAUGUCGAUGGACAAAUCUCGAAGUGAAAGUGGUAGAUGUGUAUCAGAUUCCAGAAGCAUGGGAGGUGUUCCAGAUUCCAUUAAUCAUCCUCGGCAAAGUGCUCCUGUUACUUCUUCUAGGACUUCACAGUCUCUGCUCCAUCAUGACCCUUUUUUAAAUGAAUCUGCACGAAUCCGUAAGGACCAAGUUGGGUUAGUAAUUAACUCAGCUCCGCAGCCUACUUACAAUGAUGCUUUGCAAGACGCAAUGCAUCAGCAACCAAUGAUUAUAGACACAUGUGUAGGUGGAAGUGUUACACGUGUAUCAGAUUUCGGAAGCUUGGGAGUUAUUCCAGACUGCGUUAGUCAUCCUUUACCAAUUGCUCCUAUGACUUCUUCUCAGACUCUUCCGCAGGAUGACCCUCUUUUACAUGAAUUGGCAAGACUUUGCCAAGAAGGAGAGCAAGUUGUGAAAUUCCACGAAGAUUUGAAAACGCAAAUCAGAUCUGAUUUUUUCAGGGAGGUGCAAGAGACUAAUAAAAAAUACAGCAAGCUUCAUCUUGAUAAUGAUACUGCAUUUGCUCAGACGAUGAAUACACUUCACACAUAUCAUAACAUAUUCCUCAUGAAUGAGAUGUUAGCCAAGUGUUUUAGGGACAAAACGCUCUAAGGAUACCAUAGCUGCUGGGGUCACUGGAUGCACAACAAGGUAUAAAUCAUAACCCCCCCUACCCUACUAGAUAAGUGGAAUACGUUCUUAUUUACUUGGGAAAGGACUAGAUCUCAUUCUCAUUUUUUUCUUAAGACGCGAUGAUUGGUGACAUGCAGUUAGUUAGCUGCUCUCCAAAUUUCGCAAGUCUGUGUAAAGAGUCAUAUGUAGAGAACUGAGUAAUAAAAAAAUCCUCAACUCGGGUGCAGAUUAUAGGUAUACCAUGUAUAAACUAAUUAUGAAAUGAUU